AUGAUGGUCCCUAGAGCAUUUCUUUUCACCUCAGUGCCAACCCAGAAGACAAUGAAGUCAUUUGGAGGAAAGGAACAGCCGGAACAGUCACCGAUGUAUCUGCCCGGCCCUAAACCCCUAUAUGAUGCGAAACCCCUAGCGUCAACGAAUGCGGUUCCCGUGGGCAUCCCGUCAAGACGGACCUCGCGCACUCCGGUGCGUCGAGAAGCCCGCCUCCGCACCCCUUCCAAGACGUCCGCCUCUUCCCGCCGAUCCUCUUCUUCUUCUUCCAACGACCGUCAAAUCCCCAAAGCAGUUGCCUCGAUGCUAGAUGCAACGGCUAUUCCUGUGCCCCGACGAACCUGGUCCACACGGAGACCUCGGAAGCUUCCGAGAGGCAACAACGUGGAGGAGUUUAGCCGGUUAAUGCAGGAAGGGGUCAAGUCCAAAGAAGACUAUUUGACUGGCGGGGCGGGAAACUCUCCUCUAGAUAUCUUGUUGAGCCCACCGGAGGACAACGAAAAAUAUCUUGGCAAUGACUCAGAAUCCGAGCCUGCCUUCUCAGCCAGAUCAAUCUCGAGCGACUCUAUGCCAUCGCUUGCCCACGACCUCGCAUCGCCAUCUAGUAUCUCUCAACCACCUACACCUGCUAGCCAAAAGAGUCCAUCGGAGAGGCGACAGCUCCGAUACACUCCCGCGGAGGACUGUGCUUUCGACCACCCACUUCUCGAAGUCGAGAUUGAGGAAGGCGAGAUGAUAGAGUUCGAUACCCAGGUGCUAGGAACACCAGAUAUGAUCCCGGCGAAACAAUCUGCCUCAUUUCGAACCUUCCCGCGCCUGAAGUCUUCAUUCAAAUCGAACCUCACCGCAUCAUUACGUGCUAUCAAGUCUGCCGCACAAUCCGUGUCCUCUCUCACAACGCCCUCAUUUCAGCCUGAGGACUUUCUCACUCGGUCACUCUUUGCUAUUGCACCUGAAAUGACCGACGACCGUCGACCUCCACCGAUGCAAAACCCACCCUCUCCAGCAUUGCGACGGUAUUUAAACCCAACUCCAACCUCUCCGGCAGAGAUGUGUGUCUACCACGACCACCCGCAUGAUUCUCCCGAGUUGACACAGUCUUGUGUGUCGAUUCAAAUGCAGACCUACCGUCGCUCUCGUGGCCGCGGUCACCGACGCAAUCACUUCCAUGUGGUUUCUAAGCAGAAACGCGACCAGUACUACACGUUUGACCCGGAGGUCCCGCCCAUGUCACGCCAGCGUGAGCCCCGUGAGAAUAGCGAUUUCCUUCGCAUGGUUGUCCUGGAGAUGAACAUGCGACGCAGCGGCAAGCUCCGCGAAGACAUUCCUACUCGGGCUCGCAUCUGGCUUCCACCUCGCAAGAAUAAUCAAUACCGCGUGUCUGGAGACUACGAAGACUGUGAAGACAACAACAUCCCAUCUCGCUGGGUGGGUGUCUCGGCUUAA